CCUCCCCUUUACUUUCUGCUAGAUUCAGAACAAAUUGGACUCAAAGCAAGUCUUCAAGUUCCCACUACAGAAACUCCUUGAGUUAAACUGAGACACUGACUCAGAACCUUGACCUUACGCCAUUCUUGGAACAAGAGCAUUAUAUAUGAUCUGAGGAAGAGAUGGCCAAGAGCAGGGACAGAAGCUCCCCCAGGGCUGACCCAUGUUCACAAGCUGAGAAGCAGCAUGGUGUAUUGCUUGGAAUCAGAAGUAGAUUCAAAGGGGGCAGCAAGGUGGCUCAGUAGAUAGAGAGCCAGGUCCUGGGCUCCAAUCUGGCCUCAGACACUUCCCAGCUGUGUGACCCUGGGCAAGUCAAUGAACCCCCAUUGCCUAGCUCUUACCAUUCCUCUGCCUUGGAACCAACACACAGUAUUGAUUCCAAGACAGAAGAUAAGUUUAAAAAAAAAAAAACUGGAUUCAAGUUCUAGCUAUGUGAUCAUGAGCAAGUGACUUUUAAACUUUCUGAGCCUCAGUUUCCUCAUCUGUAAAACAGCUCAUGAAGCUAUGGUGAAGAAAGCGCUGUAUAAACGCUGUUUAUUAUCAUCACUCACUGCCUGACCAAGCCCCUGUGUGAAGGGGGAUACGGCCCAGUUGGACGCAGCUUUUCCCAUGGUCCUCUACGACCCUACGACCCUCAUGCUCUGUGUCUAAUGGCUGAUCUAGUAUCUUCCCCAUGACAAGCUUGCCAUCUACAAGCUGCCCCCAUGGCUGCUAUGGGGAGUGAUAAAAGGAAGGUCCUGCUGACUGGGUUUUUCCCUAGUUAAGGGGAACAAGCAGAGGUGGGCAAGCAGAGGGCCCUAAGACUCUUUAUCUCCCACAGGCCAUGUGUCUGGAAGCCUGUGGUGGGAGAUCUCAUUGCAGGGCUUUUGUGACUGAAAGUGGAGCUGGCUCAUCCUACUCCUGGGUGGUAAUGUGAGCCCCCACUGGGGGAGGGGGAGCCCUGAGCACCUUGAGUACCCAUCAGACUCCCUGGGAUCUGGCCCUGGGGCCAGCCACAUGCAGGAGAACAAGAUCCAGACCAGUGGUGGAGAAGCAGAAUGUUGCACAUAGAGGGAGCUCCUGAGGGUGAGGCCGUUCCUGCUAAGGAGAAACCUUCUGACGUGGGAGCCCGCCGGAAUGACUGCAUCAUCUGCUAUUCCUCUUAUGACUUGGCUGGCCGCCUUCCACGCCGUCUCUACUGUGGCCACACCUUCUGCCAGGCCUGCGUCCGGCGACUGGACACCCCAGCUCACGAACAGCGAUGGAUCCCUUGUCCCCAGUGCCGCCAGAGUACACCCACACCCCGAGGUGGCGUAGCCAUGCUGGACCUCGAUCUGGCUGCCUUCCUUGCUGUGAAGGCCGAGCGAGAGCCCCCCCGGGGAGAGCCCUGGUCUCCCACUCCCCACAAAGGCAGCCCUCCCAAGCCUGGCUCUGUCAUCACUCAGCAGCCAGCCCGCCACUGUCCAACCCUAGGCCCUCAGCCCAGCUUCCCCAGACAGGGUUGCUGUUGGGGCUGUUGUGGCUGUUGGGGCUGUUGCCCAUGCUGUGACCCUGAGGGCACCCCUGAAGUCUAAGCCUUGCCUGGACAUACAUGUGCCCAGCACCAGACAUCCUGCCAUGGAACAGUCCCCAGCCACAAGCUCUUCUUCGGAAGCUCUCCUCUGCUUGGUCCCCUGAAUUAGCCUGUACACGAGGCUGAAAAUGGGGGUCAGAGCUGCAUCCUGUGUCACGUCUCAUCACGGCUCCUUUGCUCUUCUCACUAGGUCCCCAUUCCCUCGCCAGUUGCUACCCACCUCUUCUCUGUGCUGAUUCAUCAUCCUAGGCUCCCUAGCAGGACCUCGUGUUGUGGUGGUUUGGAGCUUCUAGUUCUUCAAGGUGGCAAAGGACUUCUGGCUGCCGAAGCCUGCUGAAGGUUUCCUCGGCUGCCUGGGUCCCCUAGAAAACUCAAAUCUUGGCAGUGAAGCCCCUUAGUGAGAUGGGAUAGGGCUGUGAACCUGCCAUCCCGAACAUGAGCUUCAUAGGCUACUCGGAUGAAAGUCUGUUGUCCCAGAACAGGCCACUGCCUGGAUCAUGAGGGUAGGGGUGCCUGGGACCAUGGCCGAAAUCCCCGCCGUUUGGGAUAGGGUACAAGGGCUAUGUUUACACCCAUUUGUUCUGUUUGUUGUUGUUGUUGUUUUUUUAAACUAAAG